UAUAGGUAUGUGUAUAAAUUAUAACCACUACAGCACAUUUUAUUGAUCACGUUGUUGCACUGCCGCUCAACUAGUGUAGAUACACGCCACUCGCCAGGCAAAGAAAACAAUAAUAAUACAAAAAACUAAGUGGUGAUUAUUCUAAUGGCUUGAGCCUGUGUCCGUAAGUAGGUGCUCAUUCAGACUCAAAUAUUUAGUGUUUAUGAUGUAUUGCGAUCGGUGGCAUUUAAUAGGAAAUUGAUUGCCUUGUUUUUUCGUCUUUUUCCUAUAUAAAUAUUAAUCUCUAGUUGAAUUCGUAGUUCUUCAAGAUGCUAACUCCACGGUUUAAGUUACAACAAGACGAAAAUCGAGUGUAUAUUACGGUGCAUGCACCGUACACAAAUAUCGGCGAAACUGAGAUCGAUAUUGAUGGUGAGAAUUUCUUAUUCGUAUCCAGUCCGUAUUUUCUUAGACUUCGUCUGCCUGGUAAAAUUGUUGAAAACGACAGCUCAAAGGGUUCAUAUACAUGUGAUUCAGGUGAUUUUAUUCUCUCAUUUGAUAAAGAAACUCCAGGAGAACAUUUUGAGAAUCUCGAUAUGAUUACCAGUUUAUUGGCUCCUCGGCAUAUUCCUGACUUAAAUCCGAAUUUAGUUGAGAUGUUGGAAGAGGGAGGAGUUACGAUUGAGGAAGAGGAAAGCGAUGAGAAUGAAGUUGAUGAAAAAUAUACAUACGGGUUUGCUAGUAAAAUUUCAACCGAGUUCAAAGAAAUUGGUAUGGAAUUUCCAAAAAUUUUUGAACUCAAAUGGCCUGAGCAACAUCCUAUAGGUAAACGAAAUUCACUAAGAGAACAAUAUGAAUUUAUAAAAUUUUCUUCAGAUCAUUAUUUAGCAGAUUUACAUUGUGAUGAACUUGUAGCUCCAUAUUUACAUGCAACUAUAUUUUGGGAAAGUCUGGAUUUCAAUAAAGAUGCUGAUUUUACUGAAGAAGAGAUAAGCUUAUUAAAAGAGUUACCAAAUAAGCAUUAUAUUUUAACCAAAAGUGAGCAUAGGCAAGUGUUUCUUGGGCUUGUGGAUAUACUCUAUGGCUAUUGUUAUGAUAAGAGGACAACAUUAAAUGAAAGUACUGUUGAAUCAAGCUGGACAAUCAAUAAAUUGUCAGCAACUCUAAGCUGGUUUUGUGUUUUUAAGGAUAUGAAAGAAGUUCUCAUAGCUUGCUAUAGACGAGCCCUUGUUUAUCCCAUACUUCGGAACUUUGAAAUAUGUAACAAAGUAAAGAAUGAUCUUGUAUCUCUGUUAAAACAUGGAAAGAAGUUUAUUAUCAAAUGUGUCAUUGAUAUUUAUCAGAUGUUUAAUCAAAGCGACGAUGCAAGAUACAUUUUAAACCAAAUAUAUAUGAAGGAUUACUUAAUAUUUCUUCAGCAAUGCUCCCAAGACAAGUUUGUUCAGUUGUGUGAUAACAUUGCAAAUAUUGAAAUAACAAAGAAAGAUGUUGAACUAGAGCUUGAAGAACUAGAGGCUGCUGCAGAAAUGGUACAACAGGAAGAAUUUCAGAUUUUGGAAAAUGAAAUGGCUGUUAAAAUGGCAUCUAUGUCUUUAAUACCUGGGCUUAACAAAGUUAAUGACGGAAAUGACAUUGAUUCUGAUUCGUCUGAAUCAAGCAGUGACUCAUCAGAUUCUGAAACAGAUGAAUCCGAGUUUUCAGAUUCUGAUGAUGAUCAUUCCUGAGGUAUCCUAUAAUUUCCAUUUUAAAGGAACUGAAAUUUGCAAUUAAAUUGAAAAGAACGAUAAUUUUCUGUAAAAAAUUUUAUAUGAGAAUGUAGUUUCAAUGUCAGAAAAUAUACUGAUAAAUGUUUAAAAAUUUAACCGAAAGAGUAUUAAAAAUAUACCUAUAUGUAUAACAUAUAUCUUGGUAGAUGUGUAACGUUUUUGCUCCAAAUUGUAAUCAUGUUUUUGAUAGACAAGUUUAACUUUAUUAUAUGUACUUUUGAACUAAAUUGUUCUCAUUGAUAUUAAUACAUAUUAAAAUAACCAUUAAUAAUAAGAACAAAAAUUUAAAUAAAGCAAUAUUUUAUUUUACAAAAUAAAGGUAAAUAUUUGGUACAAUCUAGUACUUACAAAGACUGUUUUUUUAAAGUAAUAUUAAGGCACAAAACUCAUAAGAUUAAGAUGUGUUGUAAAACUAUAGAAUCAGAGUUAUCUCAAUGUUUUAUGCAUUCUAUAAUAAUACUGUUAUAUUUAGAGGACUUUAAAAUUUAUAACCGGAUUAGGGUAAUAUACAUAAUCUGAUAAACUAUAUAUGUACAUAUAGAGAAAAGUAAAAGUGUUUGUUGUUGAUGAAAUUUAAGUGCAUGCAAUUUAGUAUAAAUGUAAGAAAACUGAAAUAAUUCCUUAUAUAAGAAACAUCACACCGAAAAUUUUAUCUUAAAAUUGUCUUCACUUCAACUUAGCAAAUAACUUAAUCUCAAUCAAAAUCAAAAGUUAGAACAUAGUUUGCCAAAAUAAAUGUUAUUAUUCAUGUAAUAAUACUUUAAGAGUGAUAUUAUGUGUCAAACUUAUAUCUAAUGAAAUUAAAUCAAAUAUA